GUUCACGAAUCCCAUAGAACAACGCACGCGCAGUGAAAGACAGUGGCAGAGGUGGGGGCGACGCGCACGGCUUCCUGGGAGGGGUAGUCUUCUGCACUCGCGCCCUUCCAGCCCGACUAGAGGCUCGCGCAGGAGCCUUGAGCUGCCCAAGGUGAAUAGAUGUCAUCUGAUUGGCUGUCCGGAAAAAUGAAGCGUCUUUGUGGUCCAGGGCUGAGACCCGUGAGGAGACGGGGCGGGAUUUCGGGCGCUAGGAGGCGGGGCCCCUUGGCUUUGGGCGGGAGUGGUUAAAAGACAGUUGGUGUCGGUUCGGCUGCUCGAGUUAGAUUCCGCGGUCCCAGCCCUGCCCCAUGGCCGACCCUGAGGAGCUACAGGUUUCUUCGCCGCCCCCGCCGCCUCCUUCUUCUCCCUCCUCUUCAGACGCCUCUGCAGCAUCUUCCCCGGGCGGGCCAGUGAGUUUGAGCUGGCCAGUUCCGAGCAGGAGCAGCGGCCGAAAGGUUGACCCGCUGGAGGAAGUGGAGCUGCAGAUCGGAGACGCAGCCUUUUCAUUAACCAAACUCCUUGAAGCCACAUCUGCAGUAUCAGCUCAAGUGGAAGAGCUUGCCUUCAAAUGUACAGAAAAUGCACGUUUCCUUAAAACAUGGCGGGACCUCUUGAAAGAAGGCUAUGAUUCUUUGAAACCUGAUGACUAAUUUGACAUACUUCGUUGUUUAAUAAUGACUGCAUUACUUCAUACUUCUUCAUAUGUCAUGUUUGUACAUUUACCACACGUAUAGGAUGACCUCUGUCCAGAAGUUCUGUAUGUACUCAGAAUGAAAUUUUUCUUGGUUUUUGAAUAGAUGUUCAAUCGUAACUGGUGAUUCCAUAACAAGAUAACAAGUGUGCUGUCCAUUGGCCCACCUGUGUCUCCCCUCUUGACAGGUCUCUGUGCCACCAUUUGUAGCAGUGGCAGUGAGAGACUUGCUCCCGGUAUUAUGUUGGGGUCUUUGAAGCCUGUGAAUGUUGCAUUGGUUCUUUUGAUCCAAUAAUUGGCUGCCGUGGCCAGGUUGGGAAACGUCCCAGGAGCAAGCUCUAGCGUAAUAGGAUGGCGGAGUGCCCCAGCUAGUCCAGACAGACUCCCCAUCUUGUUCUUUGCAUUGAUGAGUCUCUUAUCAAACUCCACUAUGUCUGUGAAGACUGAGGGGAGUGCUGGUGUCCCAUCCAUACAUGGUUCUAGAAAGGUCUGGAUAGUAAAAACUGUUGUCAUCUGGGCGCUGGUAGCAACAAGCUUGACCUGAUCCAAGAGCUCCUUUCCUUGAACAGGAGAGCAAAUACAAAUUCACCAACCUAAGGUUGACUGUUGAUCCAGUCUAUCGCAGGCCCAGCAUUGUGUGCAACCUACAGGUUUGCACUUUCGUCAUCUGCUGCCCUGCCUGGUGCAACCAUCAUGGCCCGGAAUCGUUUUUAGACCUGAAUAGGAUUAGACCAGAUCACUUGACCCAAUCACAACUCCGAUGAGUAGGCAGCAGCAGUGUUGAAGCAUGGAUGCCAUUUCAGUUUUAGUCAUCUGGUCCUGGUCAGUGACAGUCCUUUUAAAGAGUGACUGUGGAUGUUUGUUUGCCUUCAACAGUGAGCAAGCUUCUUUCACUCACACCUGCAUCUAUGAGGCCCUCAUGCAGUCCAUCAGUAAGACAGCACAAAAACAAAAGGUUUGAGGUAGCUGGAUGGAAGGUGGCUCGGAAUGCUGGGUCGAACAUAGGUUUUGCAUUCCUUUCAGUGUCCUCCAGUCUUCCAAUUCCUGCUUCAGGAUCCGUGGAAUUAGAGGGAAACUGCCUGAAUCUUCCACUCAAUUGUGAUGAGAGUUUCCUGCUGGUCGUAUCCAUAGACAUUUGUUGAUCAUCCAUGCUAACCAAUUUGUUAUCUUCCUUUUCUUGGUUUUCUUGGCUUUUGUGAAAGUGGAAUGCCAAUGCUAUCUUUGAGGCUGACCAGUCCUUGUUUAUCCUUAAGUACUUUCUGCCUCUGAACUUUCAUAGAAUCCUUUAUGAAAGACAAUCAGUAGAUGGCUAAUAUUAAUAGUGCCAUAGUGCUACCAGUAGCAAACUCUAUAGACCGUUAUUUAUUUGUUUUGCAACAAGAUGCUAAGCAUGGCAGAGUUUGAAGUUGCAUUUCAUCUUAAAGACCAAGGGGGGUAACUUUAAGGUUUCCAAUGGUAGAUCCAGCUCUAUUAGGCUAAGUUGUCUGCAACUAAUGAUUGUGUCUUUAUAUCCACAGCACCUAAAACAGGGUCACACAACACUCACUAAAUAUUUGUUGAAUAGAAGAGUUAACAAACUUAAUUAAAAGCUUUUUUUCUUCCCAUAUUUAGCAUGAAGACUGUAAUUGUUUCUGUAGAAAAUGUAUGAAUCUGACCUUUAUUGACUUGAAGAUAAGCAUUCUUUUUUACAGAGAUUUGGACUUUGAUGAUAGGUUUUAAAAA